AUGUCUUCUCAGCCCAACGGAAACCCCAAUGGAUAUCAAAAGAAUGUGUUGAAAAAAAAUAGUUACCAAUCAACAUUAAACUUUCAAUCCCGGCCACCUAAAAAUGGACAUUUAUCAAGCAAAAUACAUAAGACUGAGCCAACUGAUGAUUCAAGUGAUGAUGACUUAGUUGAGAUUUCCUAUUCAAAGACUCCUCAUCCAAAUAACCAAGCCAAGAGUAACUACAACUACAACCCGCCUAUUGUUAAACAACAAGUCCAUCAAACUACCUUCAAAUCACCAUCAAAUUCUCAACCUAAAAGGAAAUUAUCUUUUCCAGAGUCGUUCAAUCAAAUAGAUCAAUUUUCAAAUGAUGAAUUUUUGCAGCCUAAAUCUUCUCAAACUAUACAUUCUCCAGCUCACAAAAAUGUUGACAAAUCUAUUCGACUUAGCAAAGAACAGCAGUUAGUUAUUGAUAUAGCUCUUCAAGGUUAUUCUUUAUUUUACACAGGUGCAGCAGGUACUGGCAAAUCUCUUCUUCUCCGUUCUCUUAUUGCCCGCUUAGAAAGCAUGAAUAAGAGUGUGGCUGUCACAAGUUCCACAGGAAUGGCGGCCGUCAAUAUCGGUGGUAUCACACUCCACAGUUUUGCAGGCGUUGGUUUGGCUAAGGAAGAUGCAAAAGAACUUCUUAAGAAAAUUCGCAAAAAUGAUGCAACCUGCCAACGUUGGAAGUCAACUUCAAUACUGGUUAUUGAUGAGGUGUCAAUGGUUGACGCUGCUCUUUUCACUAAACUUGAAUAUAUUGCACGAAGCAUUAGAAAAGAUCAAAACCCAUUUGGAGGAAUUCAAGUUAUUUGCACCGGUGACUUUUUCCAGUUACCACCAGUACCAGACAAAUAUAUGCCCGAAAAUGGAAAUGCUUUUAUUUCUAAACCUCGUGUUUAUUGUUUUGAAUCAGAAGCAUGGCGUCAAACAAUCAAACGGUGUAUUGUACUUCAGCAAGUUUUCCGUCAAAAGGGAGAUGACGAGUUUAUUGAAAUUUUAAAUUCCAUGCGUUUAGGUCAGUUGACAGACAAGAUGAAUGCCAGACUUAAAUCUUUAGAUAGACCUGUGGCUUAUAAGGAUGGAAUAUUACCAACGAUGCUCUACGCAACACGGAAUCGGGUACAACAGUACAAUUUCAAACAACUAGCAGAGCUUAGUGGCAAACGAUAUGUGUAUCUCAGUGCCGACUCUAUGCCAUAUUAUGUUCCUCCUGGUAAGGCAGCCCAAAUAAACAAGCAGUUGGACGAAAUUGUUGGCAAACAAAUAGAGUUGCGGAAGAAUUGCCAAGUAAUGCUCAUCAGGAACAUAAAUGAUUCAAGAUUGGCUAACGGAAUUUUGGGCCGUAUUAUUGGGUUUUUAACAGAAGAUGGCUUUGAAAAGGUUUGUUCCGAAGCUGUCAAGAGGGAUAUUAAUAAAACUUCUCUACAAUUUCAACAACUUGUUCACAAUUAUCAAGCAGAAGAAGAAACAAAAUAUAAUAAGGGGAAUUCUGAAAUCCGUGUUCAAUGUACAAAAGUUGUGGAUAAGAAGGAUCCGUUACCAGUUAUUGACUUUUCUUUGGAUACCUUAGGAUCAACCCAUUUGAUUUAUCAUUUAAAACCAUUUGAGGCUUCAAUCAAUAUUGGUGGUAAACCCGGAAAGUCAGAUGAUAAUUUUAGAACAAUCGAAGAUAACCCAACUUCGGAUCCAUCAGAAUUAGAUUUUGAAGAAGAUAAGGAACAUCUCAAAGCAAGCAGAAUCCAAGUUCCAUUGAUCUAUGCCUGGGCUAUGUCAAUUCACAAAUCCCAGGGUCAAACCCUUCCCAGAGUUCGUGUUGAUCUUGCUAAUAUUUUUGAAAAUGGUCAUGCUUAUGUUGCAAUUUCCCGCGCAACAUCGACAAAAUCCCUUGAAGUCUUAAACUACAACCCUACAAAGGUCACAGUUGAUCCUAAAGUGGUGGCAUUUUAUCGUAAGCUAGAAAGCGUAGCAGCUAAAAUUUCGCCUGAAGAAGAAAAACAACAUCGUAUACAACAAGAGAAGCUUGAACUUGAACAGAAAGAGCAACAGGAGAAACAUGAAGAGCAAAUAAAACGAAGAAAACUUGAAUAUUUUCAGAAAAAAAAGGAGCAUGAGGACUUGAUACGAAAACAGAGAGAAAAGAUGCGAAAUAUGCAUGUUAUGGAGAAAAAGCAGAAUUCUAUACCAACCACUCAAUACCAAGUUGUAGAUAUAGACUCAGAUUCCAGUGUGGAAAUACUGGAUUAA